AUAAGAGGCACAUCAGCAAAAGCGGAAAGCUCAUUUACAGUCAAAGAUGAAUGCUUUAGCCAGGAUAAAAGAAGAAAUCCAGUAACAGGAAGGGAAAAUGCUACCCAAAGCUGAAAGGACAUAAACAACAUUAUAGACUCUGCUGCUGCUUAAGAAAAAUGUCCCGACAAGGAAACAGAAGACCAGAGAAUCCAAAAAUUAGCAGAGAGCUGUUUGUGCUUACCUAUGGGGCUUUGGUGGCUCAGCUGUGCAAGGAUUAUGAACAGGAUGAAGAUGUGAACAAAUGUUUGGACACCAUGGGACAUAGUAUUGGCAUCAGGUUGAUUGAAGACUUUUUGGCUCACUCUGCAGUGAAGAAAUGCCGGAGUUAUUCUGAGACAACAGAAAUAAUUGCACAGGUUGCUUUUAAGAUGUAUCUGGGAAUUACCCCUAUGGUGACUUGCAAUAGCCCAGCAAGAAAUGAAUUUUCUCUCAUUCUGGAGAAGAAUCCCUUGAUGGACUUCGUGGAGGAACUGCCAGAAGGAAGAUCUUCACUUUGCUAUUGCAGCCUCCUGUGUGGUGCCAUUAGAGGGGCUCUGGAAAUGAUACACCUAGAUGCUGAAGUUACUUUCAUUCAAGACGCUUUGAAGGGGGAUGAUGUGACAGAAAUUGGAAUUACGUUCUUAAAGAAGAUUGAAAGCAAGAAACACAAAAGAAAUAAGUCAAACCAGUGAUUGAAAUUCUUGUAGAUACACACCUGACACGUUCAUCUUCUAUAUUUUCCUAGCAUCUUCCUGAUCCAGAAGAGAGAAUCACAAAGAAAUAGAUUGUGGACAGACCUCCUUUUGGAUCAGGCCCUGCAUGCCAAAUGUUUGUUAUGGGGAGCAAAAAUUCCACAUCCAAGACGCAAACACAGAGGAGGGUGGGAUACAAAAUGAUCCUUCUUGAAGAGCCAAUAGCAUUUGAGUUCCAGGUAUAGUGCCAUCCUGUAUCCAUUGGGGAUAUGUUCCAGGAUACAUGAAAAUAUGGAUAAGAGUGAUCUCUAUUGAACAAAUGUCUUCAGUCAGCAACAUAUCAUAAAGGACCUAGAACUAUCUAGAGAUGACACAUUUUGUCGGAUGCAGGUUAAUGAA